GCAGGGUUACGGCUUGUACAAAUAUGUGCCAUAUUCAAAUUACCCACCCACUAUGGCAAAUUCCCUCACUUGCGGGUAUACGUCGAAUGGUUUUGUCCUCUACGUAAUCCGGAACCUGUGACUGACUUGUAUCGACUUGCCUGUUCAACU